AGUUGGCAGCUCUGUUAUAGUUUCUACGUCCACCGCAACCAACUUCGAGUACUUCCUUUUUUAACCGUGUGGUAAAAAGUAAAGGUCUGCCGGUUGCAAUAUGCAGAUUUUUGUAAAAACCCUAACGGGCAAGACCAUCACUCUUGAGGUCGAACCCUCGGACACUAUCGAAAAUGUAAAAGCCAAGAUUCAGGACAAAGAGGGAAUUCCACCCGACCAGCAACGAUUGAUUUUCGCUGGAAAGCAAUUGGAAGAUGGUCGCACAUUGUCCGAUUAUAAUAUUCAAAAAGAAUCCACAUUACAUCUUGUGUUGCGUUUGCGAGGUGGAGCAAAAAAACGCAAGAAGAAGAAUUACUCCACACCGAAGAAAAUGAAGCACAAAAGGAAGAAGGUCAAGUUAGCUGUCUUGAAAUACUAUAAGGUUGAUGAAAAUGGAAAAAUUCAUCGUUUACGUCGUGAAUGUCCUGGUGAGAAUUGCGGUGCUGGUGUGUUCAUGGCCGCGCAUGAAGACCGGCAUUAUUGCGGAAAAUGCAAUUUAACUUUCGUGUUCACGAAACCAGAAGAUAAAUAAAUAAAUUGUUAUUGGAAAUAACGAAUCUUUCAAUAAAGUAAAACGAAAAAAUUA